AUGGGAUUCAGUACCGAGUCCCCGUUGCUGGCGGGGAAGCGAUACGACGUGGAAUGCGAGACUACUGGUUCAAGGCCACCCGCGGUGAUAACGUGGUACAAGGGCCGAAGAAGACAGCUGAAGCACACGAAGGAAGAGAGAUCGGAGAAUCGAACUGUCAGCACAGUUGAGUUUGAGCCAGGUGUGGAGGAUCAUGGAAAAUCUAUCACCUGCCGAGCGGAGAAUCCAAACGUGACUGGACUCUACGUCGAGAAGUCCUGGAAGAUCGACGUCGUAUAUCCACCGAUAGUAUCAUUAAACCUCGGAUCAACUUUAAGCCCAGAAGACAUUAAAGAAGGGGAUGACGUGUACUUCGAGUGCCAUAUUAGAGCCAAUCCUCCUUGGUCUAAGCUUGUCUGGAUACACGACAACCAAAUCCUGGCGCAUAACACAUCGGCGAGGAUUAUCUGGUCGAAUCAAAGUCUCGUCCUGCAAAGUGUGACGAGAAGCAGCGCUGGUCAUUACGUUUGCGCAGCGACGAACGCAUUGAACGAAACGCGCAGCGAACCUCUGCAUUUUCGAGUUAAGUUCGCGCCGGUGUGCAAGGAGGAUCGGAUCAUAGUGGUCGGUGCAUCGAGAGGCGAGUCGCUCGACAUUGCCUGUAGGGUCGAGGCCGAUCCGCCAGCGCACAAUUUCCGCUGGAAAUUCAACAAUAGCGGCGAGACUCUGGAGGUAGCACCUGGUAGGUUCUCGAUGGAGAAGUCGAACGGCGUCAGCGUGCUGAGAUACACACCGAAAACUGAACUGGAUUACGGCACUCUCUCGUGUUGGGCGGACAAUCUUGUCGGUACUCAGUCGAAGCCGUGUCUCUUCCAGUUGGUGGCAGCCGGAAAGCCGUUUCCAGUACGCAAUUGCACCUUGGCGAAUCAGACGUAUACCAGUGUAGAGGUAAAAUGCGUAGCGGGCUACGACGGAGGACUACCGCAGAAAUUCGUCUUAGAGGUUUAUCACGGCGACGUCGACUUCCUUACAACCAGCCAGCCUCUCUACAAUGUCUCGAAUCCUGACGAGCCGACUUUUGCACUCGCUGGAUUAGAAGCCUCAGUCGAAGCUGGCGUCCACGUGGCGGUCUACGCGGUUAAUGCCAAGGGACGUAGCCAGCCCGUCAUCCUCAGUGAGGUCACAUAUCGCGAUGCCGAGAAACGAACAGGUCCGGAUGCUGGCAUUGUGUUAUCGCCUCUGAUAGGCGUAGUGGUGGGCGCUCUGGUGACUCUGGUUCUCAUCAUCUUGGUCGUGGUGGUCAGAGUACGAAGGGAGCGCGUAGCGAAGCCACGGCACGAGAAACCGGCAGAACUCAGCGAGUUGCCGCCUCAACAAUACCCCUUGCAGAAUUCUCAGCAGACCGUAGAGACUGAUCCCGACGUGAUCCCGAACAAGUUUGAGGGUAACCUCGUGGAGGUCAGUCCACCGAGUUACCCGGGCGGUUAUCCCCCGGGACACUGGGUUACGCCCGGACCUACGCCGAGCAUAGACGAACUCUGCCACAAGUUUGCGGGGAGACCGACGGAGCUAAGGUUACCGUCAAGAAGCACGAUACCGAGUCUGCCGGGGAUGCCGGUGACGGGGGUGAUGGUGGGUGCUGGGCAGGGCGUCGUCAUCGGCGGUACCCAGGGUGUCGUCGUGGGCGGCGGUCAGGGUGUCGUCGUGGCCGGUGAGUGUCUCGACGGCGAGGCGAUCAAACGAAGACUGAUGGCGAACAGGCUACCGGAGAGCUGCGUGUAG